UUUUUAACAAGUGGCAACUGUGAUUCGUGCCCGAUUCAUCAGUCCAUUAAUAUGGAUUACGAUCCAGAGGAGUAAUUAAUAAUUAUGCACCUAAAAAACAAAUACACCCUACUAAUGGGCGCCAAGCGAAAAAAUCAUAUGUUUAUACUUUAGAUAUCUUUAUCGAGCAAUUUCUUUUCGUAUCCUAGUAAAUGUGGGCGAGGUAUGCGCGGAAAGCCUUCACUGAGCGGAAUAUCCUAGAUAGGAAACAUAAUAAUAGCUUUCAUGCUUUAUUGACGAUAUUAAAAGUUGCACAAUUUUCGUGAAUUUAAGGGGUACGAAUGCGUACAUACAUACAUAUGUAGCUAUUAACAACAACAAAAAGCAGAAAAAUUAAGAUAAAGAGGUGGGAAGAAUUGGGUGGUUUGAAGUUGGCAGCGCAACGAUCGACCGGGUGUUAGUGGAAGUGGCGAGUUUACUCUGCCCCAUUUUAGAAAGAAUUUUGGCAGCGUUAGCAAAAUUUUGUGUGUAGCAGCGCAGCUGAAUGAGAAUUUUAAACGUACUGUGGAUUCUGCUGAAAAUGCUCUACCAACUGCUUUGGUGUCUGGCGCGCCUACUCUCAGUGCUCUUUAAUGUUUUCUGGUUCGCCUGUAAUCUCGCUUCAGCGUGUAUUCCAUGGUUGACAUUAGUAUUGCUGGUCGCUUGUGUGGCUUCCAAAUUUGCAAAGUUGCGAAGCCCCAAUGAAAAACGCUUAUUUAGUUUGCUGGGCGGUUGUGCACCGGAAGAACUAACAUAUUGGCCCAUAGCUAAUCGUGGUGCUGGCUAUGAUGCGCCCGAAAACUCUAGAGCAGCAAUAAAGAAGUGUGCUGCACGUGGCUAUAGAAAUGUGCUGCUGGAAGCCGGGUUAACUGCGGACGGGGAGAUAGUGAUCGUAAAUCGACCUACGCUGGAACGUGGCGGCUUAAUGGGUGGAACUGCGCGGUAUACGCUGGAGGAAUUGCGCAAACUGAAUAUAACUGAGCUGCAUCCAUUAGGCUCACAGUUUGAGGCUGAACAAAUACUCACGCUUGCACAGUUAAUGCAAUUCUUGGAGGAGCAACAAAGGAUAACCGUAUUCUUGCACAUUCUGGAUAAUAACGUACGAAUGCUAGAAAGGUUGAAAGCUGCAAUAGAGGCCAAUGCACAAUUUACCUCUCGUAUGAUACUCAUCAGUCGCUCCCCCUACGCUAUUUAUCAGUUACGUAAAUUGUAUCCAGAGUUGAUUUGCGGCCUUUGGACUGAGAAAUCACUGUCCUUGGCCAUACUUAAGGCCUCAACACUGAUCACAUCGAUUUAUGGCGCAUUGUUUCGCAAUAUUAUAGCACCAGUUAUUGGUAUUAGUGUUGUUUUUGUAAACAAAGAGGAAUUCAAUCUCCAUAUCGCUGAUCUUUGGCGUAAUGUUGGCGUACGGCCACUGGUAUACAAUGUAAACUCACCCAACGAAAAACGCUACUUUCAGAAGACAAUGAAAACGCAAUAUUUAACUGAUUCAUUACGCUCCGAACCACAUCUUCUUAUGAAGGCUUAGUUAAGAAAUAAUUGGCUUUGCAUGUACAUUGUACGUCUAUGUUUGUGUACUUCAUCUAUUUUUUGCAACCAAAUAUUUUCUGGAUACAAACUACACACCGUCCCUACAUAUUUAUAUUACACUAAUGCAGCUAUACAUGUUUUUUUUUUUUUAAUUUCUUUGCUGCUGGCACAAUUUCUACAUGAAACUCAAAUUUAUUUUACCAUUGUGCAUUUAAAUUGACGUAUAGGUUUUACCACGAAAUAUAUUUAUUUUUUAGUGUUUUGUAUGUAAGGCUUAGAAAGUGCUUUUAGUAGUAUAGAUUAACUCAAUAUUACAAUAUUACCUCUACGGUGAUUUUUAUGCUCUACGCAAGUCUGAAUAAUGUAACAUAAACUCAUCAUUUAAGAAGCUGUUCCCAUGUAUAGCGUACAAAAUACUUUUAAAUCGAACGAACAAAAUAAUGUAAUCUUUUACGUAACGCAUUUCGGCGAAUUUUUGACAAAAUAAUUUAAUUGAAUUCAUUACUUUUUGAUCUUUGUCAACUCCUGUUCAGAUACAUGAAAAAUUUGAGUCGAGUGGUCAUUUUCAUUUCGAGAAAAAAUUGAACAGUGAAUGAUAAUGCGGCAAUCAAUGGGUGGAUUUAACUUUGUUAAUGCAGACAUAUUUCUCUAACACCCAGCGAGACUGAAACUUGACAAGGUGAUAUAAGUGGUGUUGUCAAUAAUCUACAGUUGCGCACAUUUAAAUAAAUUAUAAUAUUAUUAAAAAUGGAAAUAUACAGUCAUGAGAAAAAUAAUAGGGCGACGACAUUUUGACCAGUUUCGGCUAUUCCUCUUUUCUUUGUUUAAUGUUCAUUAUUAUUUUUAAAUAAAAAAGGAGCUCGUUUUCUAACUAAAACAAUAUAAGUCUAAAUUUAAAACU